GUGUACUUAACGGAUCCGUCAAAGACAUGAACCACAAGAACAGCCACAAAAAUUACCUGAACCAACUACCAUCGCAUCACAUCUUUCUAGUGAUAGAUCGAUCAACUCCUACCAAAAAAAUUAAAAAAGAAAAAUUGCAACGAGUUCCCAGGAUCUGGUUGACUUUGGUUGUGUUUCUGAAUGUACAUGGUUCUAAACGAUCUCCACUCUCUCCUAAGAUGAAGAAUUCUUCUUCCUCUUCACCUUCUUCUUCCUCCUCUUCUUCACCUAGCACUUCUCUGGUCAUCGGUCUGAGCAAAGCUUUACUUAUCUCUGGGGUCAUUUUCUUCAUCGGCAUCGUCCUCAUCCCAAACAUCCGAAACUGCCCCGCCGAUUACGCAACCGAAGUUGUCUCCAAAUCCGACUCGGCCACAAAGGGGACAUUAUCCUCAGUGUCUUUAUUAUCCCCAAACAGCAACCAUUUGGGGUCAUCAUCAGCUCCUCAAGAAGACGAUGAUGACCCCAAUGCUCCGACCAGCCUGAAGCAUCUGAUGUUCGGGAUGGUGGGAUCCGAGGCAGCCUGGCACCACCGCAAACCGUACGUGGAGUCAUGGUGGCGGCCGAAUCACACGAGAGGGUAUCUGUUCCUUGACGUGAACCCCACGGGAGAUUUGCUCCCGUGGUCCCCGCUCUCCCCGCGCUACAAGAUAUCUGAGAACAUAACACGAGUGGUGCAAGAGACGGGACACGUCGACGCACGGGUGGCGCGUAUGGUGCACGGCAUAAGGGAGACCGUCAGGGCGGCAGGGGACAAUAAAGGCGUGCGGUGGGUUGUGAUGGGAGACGACGACACCAUUUUCAUGGUGGACAACCUGGUCCAACUCGUGGCCGGUUACGACCACACCAAGUAUUACUACAUCGGCGGCCAAUCCGAGUUUGUGCUCUCCAACUUCUGGUUCUCGUUCAACCAGGCCUUUGGGGGGGCUGGCUUUGUCCUCAGUUAUCCCUUGGCAAAGGCUAUGUCGGAUGGGAUUAUGGAUUGCCUGAAGAGAUAUUCCUACCUCACCAGCGCCGACAAAACCACCAUGUCCUGCGUUGCUGACCUCGGAGUUAACAUUUCUCCCCACAGAGGCUUUCACCAGUUGGACAUGCGGGGUGAUAUAUCGGGGUUCCUAUCGUACCACCCAAACGUGCCGUUAAUGUCCCUUCACCACUUCGACAUGGCGGAUCCGAUCUUCCCAUUUGUGGAUCGGGCAGAGGCGGCACACCGGAUAAUGAAGUCGGCGCAGUUGGACCAGAGCAGAGUGAUGCAACAAGUGAUCUGCUACCAUCGCCCGCUGAACUGGUCCUUUUCCUUGUCGUGGGGAUACUCUGCUCAGAUCUAUGAGCGGAGAAUGCCACGGAGCUACCUCCAGAACCCCAUUGAGACGUUCUUGACAUGGGGGGAGGCCAGUAACCCGCCCUUCUGGAUGUUCGACGUUCGCCCCCCGCUCCGGCGACCCUUGCGAGGCUCCUCAUUUCUUCUUCCUCAGGACUGCCAAGCUCAAGAAACGUCAAAAACUCAUCACCCCCAGGUCCGGGAAUAAUAAUCAUCAUAAUAAUAAUAAUAAUGAUGAGAUCCUAACCACCUAUUUCCGCUCCUGGAAGCGCGGUUUGGGCCCCUGUUCCGCCACCACACCAAAUCGUUCCGCUGAUCAAAUUUCCCGGAUUCAAGUCAUCUCUCCCGCCACAACCCGCUUCCAAAACGACAGAAGUGAAUGCUGUAACGUGGUCCGGGUGAGCAGAACUAGAGCAUCAAUUAAGUUGAGAAGUUGCAAGGUAGACGAUGUGAUUGCUUAGAUUCACGUACCCUUAGCUGUAAUUCCGAUCGAUCAUGGCCGCUGGCCGGCCGGCCGGAUCUAUACACAUAUAUCAAGUCUACGUAAAUUAGAUUUUUAUUGAAAUCAUUAGCUAGGGUAUACCGUAUACAUAUAUAUGCAUACUUUUAAUAUGCAUAUAUUGAUUGAUAAUGAAUGAGUACAUGUUUUCGAUCUCACUCGCACGCUGGAAUAAUAAGUACGAUCAAUUUUUGGAGUGCAUUCCAUUUAUUCCUCUCCGAUACUCAUUCAUGAGAUGCGUCUAUUAUUGUCAAUCCUAUAUUGGUAUUCGGAUUACAAAUUGAA